GCAGCGGGAAUAUGGCUGCUUCCAGAGUUCGCUGCGUUGGGCGCUCGCUGUCAGCUGGAUUACAUGGAUUUCGCAGCACGUGUACACUUUUAAAGUCGCCUAGACACGGAGAUAUUUCGGCUUUGACAGUUUGUCGGACUCGCAGUUAUAUAACGAGGGGCAGUUUAAGCUGCUGGAGGCAUGGCAGAGGUGUGACAUUGAAGGGGCCAUCAGAGUUGAAGAGCCACUUCCACACCACCUCUGUAAAUCAUCAGCAGGACUUCUAUGAGAUUCUUGGGGUUCCUCGGACAGCCACGCAGAAAGACAUUAAGAAAGCGUACUACCAGUUAGCCAAGAAGUACCACCCGGACACAAACCCAGAUGACCCCCAAGCAAAAGGGAAGUUUGCCCAGCUCGCAGAGGCAUAUGAGACCCUCAGUGAUGAGCUUAAAAGGAAGCAGUAUGACACUUACGGUUCUGCUGGUCCGAGCUCCAGUGGGGCGGGGCAGCAGCAGUACUGGAGAAGCGGGACAACCGUGGACCCCGAAGAGCUGUUCAGAAAGAUCUUUGGAGAGUUUACGGGAGGGCGUGGCUUCGGAGACCUCAACUCCAUGUUUGAACAGACACCUGAAUUUGUGAUGGAGCUGACGUUCAUGCAGGCUGCUAAGGGCGUGAAUAAAGAGAUCACGGUGAACCUAGACGAUAGCUGUCCGCGCUGUGAUGGAAAAGGUCAUGAACCAGGAACUAAAGUCUCACAUUGUCACUAUUGCAAUGGGACAGGCAUGGAGUCUACAAACACCGGACCCUUCAUGAUGCGCUCUACGUGUAGGCGAUGUGGGGGGCGGGGCUCUAUCAUCAUCACACCUUGCAUCAUGUGCAGAGCAACAGGACAAACCAAGCAGAAACAAACCGUUGUGGUGCCCGUACCUGCAGGUAUUGAAGACGGGCAGAUGGUAAAAGUGCCGGUUGGGAAGAAGUACAUGUAUGUCACAUUCAGAGUCCAAAAGAGUCCAGUAUUUCGUCGUAAUGGACCUGAUGUCCACUCUGAUGUGAUGAUUUCAGUAGCCCAGGCCAUUCUGGGGGGUGCAGCUAGAGCACAGGGCUUGUACAGCACCAUUGACAUUGCGAUUCCUCCAGGCAUUCAAACAGACCAGAAGAUCAGACUGGCUGGAAAAGGCAUUCCACGCAUUAAUAGCUAUGGUUACGGAGACCAUUACGUACAUAUCAAAAUCAAAAUUCCCAAGAAGCUGACACAGAGGCAGAGAAUGCUGCUGAUAAGUUAUGCCGAAGACGAAAUGGACAUGGAGGGAAGUGUUGAUGGAGUAACCAAACCAGCCGCAGGUAGCUCUCAGACCGGACAGACCUCAGAAUCGGCGCAGAAUAAAGAGGAAGAGCCAGAGAAAGAGGAAGGUGGAUUUUUCUCUAAAUUGAAAAAGAUGUUCUCAUGAAGAGAGAAGGAACGAAGGUUAAAGAUCUUCAUGGCAUUAAACAUUUGGGGUGUAUGUCUCAUCCCUUUGGUUGGACAAAUGGAAAGAAGUACAGUAUGUGGAACAGCAAAAACACAAUCCCCCAGUAGAGGACAUCUCGGUCAAUUCUGAGAGGAAGUUCUGAAUCGUCCCUAUUCUGGCCCAUUUAAAAUUAGGGAUUGGAAGUGGAGGGAAACCAAUAUUCCACCAGUUCUCAACCUAAUGAAGACACAACCCAGGCCUCUGUGCUGAAUGUGUGCUAUUCGCUGUGAGGUGAUGUUUUUGUGGCGGAUACCUGAUCAUUUUGCUAACAAAUAUCUGUUUUAAUAUAUACUUUGUGUUCGUAACUCACUGUCAAGCAGACAUGCUGUCACAGAAGCAAGCAAUAAAGUUCAAGAGGAUGUAUUUUUGAGGCAGUUUUGAAGAACUUUGUGACGCAUAUUGUACAGCAGCACCUUCCUGAAGGAAUGUAACUUCAAUUCAGAGACUUUUAAGACUCCUAAGAUAAAUUAUGUCCCACUAAAUGAUGCUGUGGGCAUUAACCAUCUCGAGCUGUGGCAUCAAAUGCAGUAUAUGAAGAUAUGUAAGCCCACAAAAAGGUUAAUUAUAAAAACGUAAACAAUUAACUUACGUAAACGUACUAGAGUCAAGGAAGCAUCAAACCUUACCAGCCGAAAAAUGGUGCAUUUGACACGCUCUUGUUUCUCUGAUAUAAAAAAUAAAUAAACGCUACAUAUGAUAUUAAA